ACGGGACGUACUGACUUUUUGUUUGAGCGCUCGGGUUUUUACGCUAGCAAAACAGGGGGGUUACGAUCAAACUGAUGCGUAUUUCAAUUGAAUGUUGAAAGAAAAAGACAAAUUGUUACUGACGCUAUUUUUUUCUUUUUUUCUUUUUCAUAUAAACAUAGCCGUCGUGUAAUUUUUACUCCAAAGUGUAUACGUGUGCACCCAAGCCGACAAUCCAACCACCGUCCUCGUGUCAACUGCUUGGCUCGAUCUCUCGCUACGUAAUAUAGUGUAGUAGUGCUAAUACAUUUCGACUGGCGGGGGUCACGCAGCUGAAUUUUUUUUUUUUUUUUUUUUUUCAAGCACACUAUUGAAUUAACUAAUUGUUCAAACAAAAUUAGCGACAAAUGAGAGAACAAUGAAUCGCACGAAGGGGACGGUGUAUGCGGCUGCAAUGCUCCUCGUCCUCGUUGUUUUGGGCCUCUUUGGCACUGUCAGUGCCAGGCAGUGGGAUCUGGCAGUGACGAUCGGUAAAGAGAUCGACUUUAUCGCGCGCGAUGGCAAUCUCACUGGCAGCAUGGUAAUCACCAAUACCUCAUCCUUCGUGGCAAUGGCGUACGACGAUGACACCUACACGCUGUUUCUGAGCGACGCCGGCAACAUGGAGCACUCGAUCGUCAGCGUCGAUCUGACCGCCGCUAAAAAUAUCACCGCCAAGCCUUUACUCAAGAGAGAUAAAGACUCCCAAAUCCAGAGUAUGGCGUUCGACGGAGCGUCGCGUACAUUAUUCUGGGCGACCGAAAAGUCUAUAGCAAAAAUGAAACUGCCACUCAACGGUCCGCCCGGCCAGCCGAUCGUAGUACGCGCCUUCGUAACCGAAAGCCUACGAGCCAUUGCCCUCGACGUCUGCAACAGGCAACUGUACUGGGUGAACGGAAACCGGUCGCGGCAGAGUAUAGGGCGUUCGCAGCUAGACGGCAGUAACGCGAUCAUCGUGGCGAACGAGAGCCUUUACGAGACGUCGAGCCUCGCAGUGGACCACUGGAGCGGUCGGCUUUACUGGCUGGACGACGAGGAGGGCAUUCACUAUAAGGUGGAGCAGAGCGAGUUGGACGGCAGCGGGCGUGCCAUCCUCGUGCACGGCAACCACCACCAGCCGAUACACCUAGGUGUCGACAAGGAGCGCGUCUACUGGACGGACUACGUGUCCAACGCGGUCUGGCAGAUCGGCAAAGAGUCGAGGCAGGGCGACGCGCCCCGAAGGUUCUGGAGUUACCUAAAGACCGGCGAACAAGCCGAUUUGACGACCCUCCUCGCGCGCGACAACCUUGGCUCCGGCGUCGACUGCAGGGCGAUGAAGGCCGAGCUCGCAAGGAGGAAGCUGCAGCAGCAAAAAUCCACCGAGUCCAAGAGCCAGAGGUCCCGCGACGAGCUGGACAGGUCCGAGCCGAGCUUUAGCAACCUUACCACAAGCUCGGAGCAGUUGCGUCCCAAGAACGAGUGCUCCGGGCAAGGGGAAUUUGACAAAGUCAUCGGUACCUGCCGCUGCAAGUCUGGAUUCAGUGGCUCGAGGUGCGAGAUCUCGCCGUGCCACAACUACUGCCUGGCCGGUGAGUGCCAAGUGAACAGCCGGGGGUUGCCGAUCUGCUCGUGCGGUGGGUCCAGGAGUGGGUCGAGGUGUGAGAGGGACGCGUGUGAUGGCUACUGUCUGAACAACGGCCAGUGCCUGGUCGAGAACGGCAAGCCCAGCUGUGAGUGCAAGUAUUCGAGCGGCGCGAGGUGUGAGGUGACCCUCGAGAUGGCCGAGAUAUGCGCUCUCUUCUGCAUGAACAGGCAGUUUCAGAUGACCGGCAUCGACACCGCGUCCUGCAGAUGCUCGGAGCUCAACCAGACGAUCCAGGAAGUCUUGGGCUACGACAGCUUUAACUGCCAGAUUAUUGUGCCGCUGCUGUCAGGUUUUGUGGGCAUGCUCACGAUCGCUGUGAUUCUGCUGAGCUUUUACGUCUCGAGGCUGAAGCGUAGGCCGCGCAUAAAGAAGCGCUUCGUCGUCAACAAGACCGGCAUCACACCCUUGACCUCGAGGCCCUCGCCCGGCACCGAUAGCCAACAGUGCGAGAUUACCAUCGAGAACUGCUGCAACAUGAACAUCUGCGAAACACCGUGCUUCGAGCCAAAAUUGCGCGCGUCCAGCAACGGUCGAAACGUCACCGGUGGCAGCAACGGCACGAAAAAAGAGGAAAAGAGCAAUUUGCUGGACCACAUGGAGGUUGGCCCCGGACACGGCUGCUAGCAUCGACUAACGACGGCUUCCGAUGCAUCUCUGGCUGCCAACGUGAUACUGCUCACCGUAUACGACUACCGAACUACUUACUGCAACUGCUAUACAUACUACCAUACGUGCCACCGCAACAGAUUGCACGAUAGAGUGGCGUACGAAGAAAGGAAAAACAGUUUUUCUUGAGACUGCAAUUUUGCAAACGACGCCGAUACGCGAAUGAUGGAAGAAGAUAACUAAAACAAACAAAUCUUUGUUGAGUAUUUUUGUUGUUGAAGGUGCGAGAUAGAGCUUUUUCUCUGUCUUUGAACGAGAAGAUGGAUUUGUACACAUAUAUACAUAUAUAUUUAUACAUAUAUCGAAACCAAAGGCUUUCCGCGCGUGCUGAGAAAAUACCGAGCCUGCCUUUGACCUUUUUUUUUUUUUCUUCAUCAAGACGAUUUUCAAGCAUAUAGAUGAUAUACUUGUUCUAUGAUUCUUUUGUCCGAACCUGGAUGAAUGUGACCGUAUUAUUAUUUGGUUGGCUUUCGGACCGAAGUGUUUUAACUUCGUUUUCUCAGCGUAUGUUGAUGCAUGUUUAAGUUUUUUUUUUUUUUUUCCUUUUUUUCCUUUUUUUUCAUAGGACGCAAUUUUGUUGUUACUUUAAUACUUAAUUUGUGAUUGAACGCGAAGUGUGUAAACACUCGGCUAUUGCAACGUGGGCAGCUAAAACAAUUCACUCCCUAUUACAGGGAUCGUUGGUCACUUGUGGUUUUCAGUGAGCUGAAAUUUUUUGCUUACUCAUUUGUAUAAAUUAUAAAUUCUUUAGUUGUACUCGUAAUUGAAAAUUUUUUCAAGGAUUCCUCAAAGUUUUGAAUGAAUAAUUGACUUAAUUAGAUUUUUAAUGAGGUGUGAUACUUAAAAUACAAUUUUUACACGAGUACAAUAUAGUUACUGGGGAAACUGAAUUGUGAAACUUAAUUAUUUUUACACUCGUGAAAAUCAAAUUGUUAUGAAACUAAGGCAAUCGGUGAGGAACGAGAAUUGAAGUCAGUUAUUAAAAAAAAAAUAAAAAAAAUAAGAUAUUAAACAAUAAUCACUUUACAUGGGUUCCAAAGGCAUAGGUCGGAAGUUUUUGUAACUUUUGCCAUCCAAUGUUUUCCCAUAUUAGUUACUUAAAAGUAACGAACUAUCAGUUUUUUAAUUACAUUUUUUCCGUGAAUCCAAAAAAUAGUCCAACACACUCGUGUUCAUUUAUUAAUAUGAUUACGUCUACCACAGGACCAAAGUGACAAAGUUGCAGCUAAUAAAAGGCCAUAUUCAAGCAAGCUUUAAUUGUUAAUAAUUUAUUGUGGCGAUAAGAAAGUAGAAAAAUCACAUUUGUUCAACAAUCGAAGUGGAUUUUCUUUUUCAGUAUUUUUUGUGCUUUCUGUAAAUGAAAGCACUAAUUUUAUUGGAAUGUAAUUUUUUCGAUUCUCACCAUGUAUCAAAGAAAAACUUAACGUAUGAAAAUUUCAUUAAAUCGUUACCAUUUUUUUUCUUACUUUUAUUCAUUUAAUUGCAAAUAUUCACUUCAUUCUUAUAAAAUAUUAUGAUGAAGUAUCAGAGACAUCUCCGAUACUACUUCAUAAAAAUAGCGAAUGUUUGUUAAUGAAGAUUUUUUUUUUCGUAGAUCAAAAAUUACCAUUUUUCUAGCAGUGUUUGAUUUUUUCCUAAAGUCAUUGUUCCUAUUGCGUAAAAUCCUAUAGAUAACAUUUUUAAUGUUAUUUAUAUGAGUAGUUUUUUUUAUUCUUGAAUUGUUAUAGACUACAAAGGAGUACCAAUAAGAUGUUACAACAAAAUAUAUAGUAAAGGUGAAUGUGUGGAGCUAAUAAAUCAUUUUCUAGUGCAAAACUCUUUGAUGUCACGUGUAGUAAAAUAUAGUAGUUAUUAAGAUAAACAAAAAGAGAACUAAUAUUCUCUUAGAGGCAAAGUAAAAAUGAUAAAACAUUUCAAAAAAGUAUACAAAAUUAAGAAACUUGCAUCGAUGAAUACAAGUAUGGCCUUUAAAAUUUUAAUUACUUAAGCCAAACAACUUAAAAAAAAUUUUUUAUGCCCCUACAUUAUAUCCAAUAUAUUUU